AAGAAAGCAAAACAUGGGGAAAUUUGGGCUGCAGUUUAAAGCAACUUUGGAAAAUAUCACAAACGUCCGGCCGGUGGGGGAUGAUUUCCGCUGGUUUUUGAAGCUUAAAUGCGGAAAUUGUGGGGAGAUCCCGGACAAAUGGCAGUACGUCUGUUUACUGGACAGCACGCCUCUGAAAGGGGGCAGGGGGAGUGCCAGCAUGGUUCAGAAAUGCAAACUCUGUGCCAGAGAGAACUCUAUUGACAUCCUAAGGGACACCAUCACCCCAUAUAAUGCAGAAGACAGCGACAAGUUUAAGACCAUGGUGCAGUUCGAAUGUCGAGGGCUGGAGCCUGUUGACUUCCAACCUCAGGCUGGCUUUGGUGCUCAAGGAGCAGAGUCGGGGACUCCAUUCCUUGAAAUAAACAUGCAAGAACGGGACUGGACUGACUAUGAUGAGAAGAUCAGCGAGUCGGUUGGCAUCUAUGAAGUCACUCAUCAGUUCAUCAAGUGUUGAGCGUACGUGGAGCUGGGGUGCUUGGAAGGCACUUUAGCAUUCAAUGCACAGUCACAGUCUAAAUCACAGUCUCAUCCAGUCACUUUGGCUGAGGAGUGUAUUGCCACUGUUAGCACUCCUGAUAAAACUCAACAGAAGAUGUCCUAUGAAAAUGUUUAAUUAUGCUGUGUCCAGCAGGAAUUGGAGCUGAACCCUCUACAUUUAUAUAUAUUUAUAUCUUGCCCCUUGCAGAAUUAAAAUGAAUACAGUGGGAUUGGAACUGGAUCGACUUUUGCAGACCCUGUCACCCAUAAAAUCACUACUUUGUACAGGGUCAAGAUUACAGAUCAACCAUUUUACCAUUAUACAGGCAAGAACAAAUGUCUGGCCUUCAUUUCUUACAGAGGAAGAACAAGACAAUUUUGAAUGUAUCAUUUGUUACUGCAGUUCUUCAUUAGGUCACUGCCAAGUAGUUUGUAAUAGCAUAUGGUAUAGCAGUAUUGACUUGUUCUUCCUUUCUUUUCAUAUUAGUAUGAAUAAACCUAGUUAGUAUUAUGCCCCUGAACAUUUCUACAUGCCUUCACUUGGUUUUUCUUUUUUUUCCCCAAAACUACUU